AUGAAAUCAAUCAGGAGGUUCCAAUCAAAUAGUGCAUUAACAAACCGUUUCAAUGAAAUCCUAGAGAACAAACUCUCGUUGGAUCCUCGAAUUAAAGAGAUAGAAGCAAAAGUAACCGAAGAAAAGCAGUUCAAUAACAAAUAUGCUAAUCAGUUGGGAUAUCUAAAGCUGGAAAAGCUUUUGAGACAUAAUCAACAUGGCAAAGAGAUUGCCAAUGCCACUCCUUGGACAGGUACUGAAUCAACCAAAGACGCUAGCUUACGUAUGAUCCUUGACCUGAAACCCAAACCCAAGAAAACUAAAAAUGUAGGCAAGAGAUUGGUGAUGGCUAAAGAAAUUAGUAAUGAAUAUAAAGAUACUAAGACUAUCGAUAAAGAUUCAGAUGACUUCAAACAACUAUAUCAGGAAAGAUUUGUUGGUCCUAAUAUGCUUUUGAAUACAGCCAAUCCCAAUGUUACCCUAAAUCUUGUAAAUACAAUAGCAUCAUCUAAAAUUAAUAGUAAAAUAAAUCUUCAAACAGGUUUAUUUGAUGAUGAAAAUAUGAAAAAUGUUCGUGGUAAACCUUUGAAUAAGGAACUUUUGAGUAAUUCCACCAACUCCGCCUAUUUUGUUAAUGAAAUUUUGAAUAAACAACAAGUGUUACCUCCAUGGGUUGAAACUCAACAAGAAUUGAAUAGUGAUAUAAACCUUUUCAGAAAUUCUAUGAAAAUCUCAUUGGUGAAAUGGGUGAAGAAAAAUGAAAUCAUUCCCAAAAACCGUUUAACUGAUAUCUUCAUUGGUUUGAACAAACCUUAUGCUAUUGAAAGGAUUAAACAGAUAAAUGAGAAAGUAAGAGAUUAUAAUCUUCAAUCACCAUCAAGCAAUUUUCAUAAAUUCAAAUUAAACGUUGAUGAAGAAUUGAUUCAAGUGGUUGAUCAGUGUUAUGAUCAGUUACCUGAACUUGUCAAAGAUAAUGAAUAUCAAACAGUGAUAUCCAAUACUCAACAAGGAUUUUUAUCAUUAUUCGAUAAUUCAAAAGUAGUAGCUCAGAGACCAGUCACGCCCAUAAAUUUCUGGUCUUCAUUUAAACAAAUGUUCAAAGAAGUCAAACAGACUUAG